UUAUCUUCCUUCUCAGGCCUGAAAAGCACCCAAUGGAUGACAAAAAGAAGAAACGGAGUCCUAAGCCCUGCCUGGCCCAACCAGCACAGGCCUCAGGCACACUACGGAGAGUCCCUGUGCCCACCAGCCACAGUGGUUCCUUAGCCCUGGGACUCCCUCAUCUGCCGUCACCCAAGCAGCGAACCAAGUUUAAGAGAGUAGGCAAGGAGAAAUGCCGACAGGUGCUGGCUGGAGGUGGGGGCCCCUCUGCAGGCACACCUCUGCAACACUCCUUCCUGACCGAGGUGACAGAUGUCUAUGAGAUGGAGGGGGGAUUGCUGAACCUGCUCAAUGACUUCCAUUCAGGCCGCCUACAGGCCUUUGGGAAGGAAUGCUCCUUCGAGCAGUUGGAGCAUGUGCGGGAGAUGCAGGAGAAGUUGGCCAGACUGCACUUCAGCUUGGAUGUGUGUGGGGAGGAGGACGAGGAAGAGGAAGACGAUGGUGUCACAGAGGGCUUGCCUGAGGAACAGAAGAAGACAAUGGCUGACCGCAACCUGGACCAGCUGCUUAGCAAUCUAGAAGAUCUUAGCAAUUCCAUACAGAAGCUGCACUUGGCAGAGAAUGCUGAGCCUGAGGAGCAGCCAGCGUCGUAGGUGUCGGAUCCAGGCCUCUCUCCUUCCCUUCAAACUGUGACUUUUUACGGACUCGGGAGGGUAUUCCGCAGCCCCCCAGGUGCUACGAGGUGGGGGGCACUAGAUGGAAUUAAACAGAAAAGCAACUCC